CUGUGCAAACAAGUGUCAUUUGCUUUUGACGAUGGCGAUGGCGGCUGAAUUAUUUACGUAUUGUUUGUGAUUUCUGGAGAAAUUGAUGUUAUUUUAGUUUGUGUUAUGUGUUUUGGGUAGUUUUUGUUGUGAGUUUUGGUAUUCAUUAUCUAUACACAUAAUGGACGAAAAAGAAGAAUUACAUUUAACCUCUCAAGAGCUACAAGUCUUGUCAGAACUUGACAGUCGUCAGUUUGGAUUCUUGAAGCUUGGAGGAACAGAAAAUGGCCGGACAAGAGCUCUUGUACUCAAGGCUGUCAAGUACCUUGAAGGGAUGCUUGUUCAAGUUAAGGAAGAAGAGAAGGCUUGCUCCCCUGAUGUUAGAAGGGACAUAUCUAUUGAUCCCAAGACAUACUGUAAACUCGGUCACUUCCACCUGUUGCUCGAAGACUAUGCUAAAGCUAUGUCAGCAUACCAAAAGUUCUAUGCAUUAGAGCAAGAGAACUGGAAGGACCCAUUAUUCCUCUAUGGACUGGGAUUAUGCUACUAUCACUACAAUGCCUUUGAAUGGUCUACCAAGGCGCUGCAGAUGGCUCUGUACGUGUCGCCGGGGUUCUCUCGGGCGCCGGACGCGCACCUCCGGCUGGCGCUGAUGUUCAAGGCGCGGCGGCACUGGGCGGCGGCGGCGGCGCACCUGCGGCGCUCGCGGCUGGCUCCCCAGCAGGACGCCACCUUCACCCGUCUGGAGCUCAGCUUCCACGCGGCGCACUUCCUCGAGGCCCGAGGCUUGAGGAAGAGCGCGCGGGACUCGUAUGAGAGACUGCUGAAGGAGCCGCAUCUGUCCGCCUCGCUGAAGGCUGAUGUUUGCCGGCAACUUGGCUGGCUCUUCCACCGCUGCGCCUCUCUCGGGGAACCCCCCGCGCGCGCCCGCGCCGCCAUCUGGUGCCUGCAGCGCGCGGUGGCGGCGGAGCCCGACUCUGGAGCAGGGUUGUACCUGCUGGGACGCACCUUCGCGGCGCAAGGGAAGGUGCACGACGCCUUCAUAGCCUACCGGAACUCGGUGGAGAAGAGCGAGGGGAAUGCGGACACUUGGUGCAGUAUUGGGGUCCUAUACCAGCAGCAGAACCAGCCAAUGGACGCGCUGCAAGCCUACAUCUGCGCCGUCCAAUUAGACAAGGGCCACUCGGCCGCAUGGACCAAUCUGGGCAGCCUAUACGAGAGCUGUCAGAUGCCGCGUGAUGCGUUCGCGUGCUACACCAAUGGCGGCUCGGCGGCCACGGCGACCAAUGCCGCGCUGAGGCAGCGAUUGGCGUUCCUGAAGGCGCAUCUUGCGCAUGCGCCGAUGCCGUCGGUUACUGGGAAACGCCGCCAGCUCCCCUCCAUCGAAGAGGCGUGGAACCUCCCCAUCUCCGCCGAGAUGUCCUCACGACACAAGUCGGCGCCCCCGCCGUACCCCGGCAAGCGCGAGGAGCCGCCGCCGCCGCCGCUCACGCCGCAACAGCUGCAUACCUUGCAGUAUCUGCAGAGGAACGACCAGGCGUUGCCGCCUAGUCAACAGGCACUGAUGCAGCAACUUCUGACGCAAUAUCGUCUGUCGCAAGCCGCGAGGGCUCGAGCGGUGACUAAAAGCGAAGGUUCCGGUGGCAGCUCCAGUGGGGAAACCGCUGAGUCUUUGGCCGAAGAUCUGCUGAAGAGGUUUGCUGACUCGCAGCCAGAUAUAAAGAAGGAGCCAGUGCAAGAGAUGAGUGUCCCAGCGGCCAGCGAGGCGGUGCUGGGCGGGCGGCAGGCCGUGGUGAAGCUGGAGCCGCUCAAGUCGGACCCGUCGAGGCCCAGAGCCUUCAAUAUAGGCAUGAGCUCGAAGCAGAUAUUUGAUGCUUGCAAAGACAACCCCGGCCCCCCCACAGCCUGGUCUGUUCUGGGCGACGGCUGCGCGCCCCCCGCGCCCCCCGCCGUCCCCUCGCCGCCCCUCACCGCGGAGCAGCUCGCCCCGCCCGCGCCCUUUGUGUUUGUGGAGUCUAAACGGGAUGCGUUCUCGCCUCAGUUGCAGGACUUCUGCCUAAAACACCCAAUAGCCGUAGUCCGCGGCCUCACAGCGGCUCUCAAACUGGACCUCGGGCUAUUUUCCACCAAAACUUUAGUCGAAGCUUGGCCAGAACACGCGGUGGAAGUGAGGACUCAGCUGAUGCAGUCAGCUGAUGAGAACUGGGACCCGAGCGGCAGGCGCCGGGUGUGGGCGUGUGCGUCGCACCGCUCUCACACCACUGUGAGGAAGUAUGCGCAGUACCAGGCGGGGAGCUUUCAGGAGUCCCUCCGCGACGAGCGCGAGCGUCCGGCCGGGUCCAACCCGGGCACGCUCUCCGACUCGGACGGGCGUGAGUCAGGCCCGGUCAAGCGCCGCAAGGGGCAACGCAUGCUGCGCUUCGGCACCAACGUAGACCUAUCAGAUGAGAAGAAGUGGCGAGCUCAGCUGACUGAACUGCAGAAGUUGCCGGCCUUUGCGAGGGUCGCCUCGGCGGCGAAUAUGCUGAGUCAUGUCGGACAUGUGAUUCUGGGCAUGAAUACUGUGCAGCUGUAUAUGAAGGUCCCCGGCAGCCGCACGCCCGGCCACCAGGAGAACAACAACUUCUGCUCCAUCAACAUCAACAUCGGGCCCGGCGACUGCGAGUGGUUCGGCGUGCCCGACGCGUACUGGGGCGGGGUCAAUGAACUCUGCGCCCGCCACGGCCUGUCGUAUUUACAUGGGAGUUGGUGGCCGGAUCCCGAGGAGUUGAGAGCUCAUGGCGUGCCGGUGUAUCGGUUCACUCAAAGGCCGGGGGAUCUGGUGUGGGUUAACGCUGGAUGCGUGCAUUGGGUGCAAGCGACGGGCUGGUGCAACAACAUCGCGUGGAACGUCGGGCCUUUAACCGCACGUCAGUACUCACUCGCCCUCGAGCGGUACGAGUGGAACAAGCUGCAGAGCUUCAAGUCCAUCGUGCCCAUGGUCCACUUGACCUGGAACCUGGCGAGGAAUAUCCGUGUAUCUGAUGCCAGGCUGCAUAGAGCCAUGCGCACUUGCCUUAUGCAGACGCUGCGGGCCGCGCAGGGGACAUUGGCUGCUGUUAAGGCUAAAGGAGUGCCGAUUAGGUUCCACGGCAGGGCUAAAGGAGAGGCGAGUCACUACUGCGGUGUCUGUGAGAGGGAGGUGUGGCAUGCGUUGUUAGUAAGAGAGCAUGAGAAGCGGCACGUGGUUCACUGUCUAGCGUGUGCCCGUAGAGCGGCCCCCGACCUGGCCGGCUUCCUGUGCCUUGAGGAGCACCACGUGGACGAGCUCGCGCAGGUGUACGACGCCUUCACCCUGCACCGCCCCCCGCCCCCGCCGCCCCCGCCCGCGCCCCCCGCGCACCCCCUCGCCCACGUCUCCGCCCCCGACUGAGCGGGUGGUGGGAGGGGCGCAGAUGUACCUGUAUUUAAUUGUGUGAGUGUGCCCGCCCGGCUGUAGGUUUAAUGCUUGGCGAUGACGUGUCGCGUCCGUAUGAAUGUCGUUUUCGACCAAAAUUUGCGUGCUUUUUGUAUAAAAGUAAUCUCCUCGAUCUAUUUUUGUUAGGCACUCCGCACGUCGGUAGAGUGGAGGUGUAAUGUGAAGAUGCAUAUUUUUGGUGUAAUUAAAGUGUAAGAUAUGUAAUUUUGGAUUCACGGACGUUUAUACACACUGCGAUCACUAUUGUACAUGUGAGAGUGAAGUCAAUUGCGGUCGUCGAUUUAGUGUAAUGUUUAGAUACGUGCGGCGGCCCGGCGUGCGUAGUCGCGGCGGUAGUAUAAUUAGUGGAAUGGUUCUCGAGUAGGGGGCCGCCGCCGGCUGCGAAGUGGUAGACUUAUCAAGAAAUUAUCUCCUCCAGAAUGUGUUGACAUUCUCAUCGCAUUCAUUAUGGACGGAUCCAAGUUACCCGACAAGUCUACCACGGCGACAGCCGAUAUUCUAUAAGAGCUCAGGUGUUCACUGCAGAUUUAAAUGUGUUAUUUUUGUAUAGAGGCAUAUUUAUUUAUUUCCUUUUUUCACGGCACCUUUUCUUGUUUGCUAGUGAACUUAGGGUAUCUUCUUUUACUGUGCCGUUAGAAAUAUGUAAAAGGAUCCUGAAAUCUCCCAGACUGAUAAAUAAUACACUUGAUGAAUAAUAAAUGAAAGAAUCGCGCGUCGAUAAGCAAAAACGAAGAUUUCCGAGUACCAACGAAGAUAUCCGAAGUCACUAUCAAGAGUAGGGUAGUGGAAAAACUAUGAAACAACGACUACCAAAUCACAACUAGUUUUCUUACGAAUCUUAAGAUAAUUUGGUAGUCGUUGUUUCAUGGUUAGACCACAGGGCCGUACCUAGUUUGAUUUAUACCGACUCUUAGUUAAUUAUUAGCAGUAAGCGUCGCACGGAUGGAGGCCCUGUGUUUUAGGAGGGCCAGAGAAUGUGCUGCAUCGUUCCAAAGAAUGUACUCUUAGGAAAGUUACACGAAGUUGCUGUGAUGCUGGUGUGCCGUUUAGAUAUAAAUAUUCCCAAGUUUUAUAGACAAAAUGCUGAAUUUUGAGAGCGGUGGUAGAGCUGCGGUAGUUAAAUUUUAACGAAAAGUACACUGAUGUAUUUAACCUUUGAAAGAAGACUGCAACUUGGGAUUAAUACCUAUGAACGGUGUACCAGCAUCAUUUCCAAAUGAGAAGGAUAUUUCUCCAACCUAUGUUCGCAUUUCAUAUUCCCAUAACGUUUAGGAUCUGACAUAAUAAUUUAUUUUCAUUGACAUUAAAACUUAUAGUAUUAGAUUUUUCUUUAGGGAAAAAUUGUGUUCUCUCUCACUUAAAAUUGGAUUGUAUUAUAGAUUAUAUUGAUGGAUCGGUGUUAAUGAAGGGAGUAAGCUUAGUUGGCAGUAAUCGUAGGCCCGUAUUCAUAGUGCGCGCCGCGGUCGCGACACAAUGUGACUGCAAUUUUAGGUAGAGAUAUUUUUAGACAAUAUAUUUUUACAGUGAAAGUGUACUUAUCUUGCGUUGCGCCGCGGUCGCGCCUAUGGGCACGGGCCUCUCUCGACACCGAAGUAAUGUUUGUUGUUUCUCUUGCAGAAUUUAUUCAUGUGUUAGUGACAUUUCUCGAUGUUGAAUGUACUUUUUGGUUCGGUGUCAAGAGUUGAUGUAAAAGUGAAAGAUUCGGAUCGAUAUUGUAACAGAAAGUCGAUAUUUUUAAGUGAUAAAUUGUAACAUUACUGCCAUUUAUGACCUUACUGUUUAUUGAAUAUACUGUAAUAUUAAAUUUUUAAAUAAAGAAUUAAGUAUACA